AUGAAUGCCAGAUCAAUGAGAACUGAUAAUGAUGACAGUACAGAGACUGAAUUACAAGAAUAUUUGGCUAGCCGUUUUUAUUCCGACGACCAAGACAACUCGUUGGAGAAAGUUAAAUUGAGAGACGAAAUCUCUCAACCACAGCCAAAACCAGAAACAACGGGUGCUGCCAAUCUCUUCAAUCUGCCCAAUCUCUCAGAAAAUAAACGAAAGGAUAUUCACUUGGUAGAAGGUGAUAUCGCAGUGUCUCGUGGUCGCAAUGCUUACCAAGUAUCAGGCAAAUGGUCGGGUGGUACCGUUCCAUAUGAGUUUUCCUGGGGUUAUACGACACAGGAACAGAACACCAUCAAAGCAGCUAUGGCAGCCAUCAGUUCAGCUACAAACAACUGUAUCAAGUUUGUUCCCCGAGAUAUUGUUGACGUCAAAGAACAUAAAAGUCAAGGAAUUGAAGAUGUACCUUCCCUGAAUAAUUUAACUUCAUUAAUGCCAACUGUUAAAGUUAUUGAUUUAUAUCGUCAUAAAUUAUUGGAUAAUGAUUUUGGUAUCGAAUGGAUAAAUGAUUUGAAUGAUGAAUCAAAAGAAAUAAUUACUGAAGAAACUUCUAAUGAUCAAGAUUUGACUAAUAAUGAUAGUCCGAUAAAUAUAAAACUUUGUCGUUCAAUUAUUCAAGUUCGAUCUAUUAAUAAUAAUGCAACACGUCUUCCAGUACAUAUUUGGAGAUCACUUGCUAAGAUUGUACCUGGUGAUAUUGUGAUUGAAUUAAAUGGUGUAAGCACAGCUGGACAAACAGUAGUUGAAUUUGAAAAAAAUUUAAAAUUAUCCGGUAAUCGAAUUCGUAUUCGAUUGAAAUCAGGUAUAAAAUUGUAG